CUGGCUCCUCCCCCUCCGCUGCCUGCAGAGAUCUCCCUCCGCUCCGGUGCUUCGGUGCAGUGUCUGUCUCUGUUUUAAAGAUGCCUUUCGUGGAGCUGCGGACUAAUUUGCCGGCCGGCGUCUUUUCUCCGGACGUCCUGAAGAAGCUGAGCUGCAGCGUAGCGGAGACUCUGCAGAAACCAGAGGACAGGAUGAACGUGGUGGUGAGUCCCGGGCUGCCGAUGCUCAUCGCCGGCUCUUCUUCUCCGUGUGUGAUGCUCUCGGUUUCAGCCAUCAGCGUGACGGACUCCGCCGACAAGAACAAGGUCCACAGCAACAAGAUCUUUGAGUUCCUCACCAAGGAGCUGGGGCUGACUGAAGACAGGAUUGUUAUUCAGUUCCACGCUCUGGAGCCUCACCAGGUUGGGAAGAAGGGAACCGUCAUGAGCUUCCUGUGAAGCCUAGAAGACGAAGAGAAAGAAGAAGAAGAAGAAGAAGAAGACUUGGCUAAAGAGUCGGUUCACUUGUCACUUCAUGUGUUUUCAUCUCGUAUUAGUUCCCGCUCACUGUGAAUCAGAAUGAUGAUUAGACCCAUCACCGCUCCCACCUGGGUCAGACCACACUGGGACCACAUGAAGGAAAAAGAUCUUCUUUUUAUUUUCUAAUAUUUUCCCCUCAUGUAUUAAUCUUUAAGGAUUUAUAUUUUAAAUGACUAAUUAUUAAAAUAUCUAAGAUUGGAAGUGGAUCAAAUAAAGAUAGUUUGAUUAUA